AGAGAGAGACAGGGACCUGGGGCGGCCGGGAGGGGGACAGGCGUAGAAGACCCGAGCGCGCGACGUGUAGAGAGGAAGGCAGGAGGGGUGGGGACCGAGGCAGACCAGACGCUGCGAGACUCCCAUACAAAAAACCGCCCCCGAGAGCGGCCGCAGCCCCCGGGAGUGGGGAGGGCGACGGGAGGGGAGGGGCUCCGGGCGCUCCCGCCCCGCCCCGCCCCGCCCCGCCCCUCCAGCGGCCGAGCCGCCGGCGGACAGUGGGUUAAGCAUCUCCGCUGUGGAACUUCCGGAUGUGACCACAGAGAGAGGGAGAGACCGGGAGAGGGGGAGAGGGGGAGAGAGGGAGAGACGGAGCCGCCAGCAUCCCUCCGGCCCGCCAACGCCGGGACCCCGCACCGCGCUGGGAGCCGCCGCCCGCCGCCCGCCCCCCGGGCCGGGCCCCCUCGCGCCCCCCUCUCCCCCGCCUCUCGGUCUGUGGAUCUCGGGCUGGUUCCAUCCUCCCAGGACCCGGGGGAGGGACUGGGGGCCCCGGGGAGGGGGCCUCGGGCGGCCCUCCCCCGCCUUCUCGCCCCUGCCCUCGCUGGCAGGAGCCCCUAGCUGUGACCCCCGCGGGGGCAGGAGGCUGGGGGUCCAUGCUCGGAGCCUCCGUACGGCCCGGCGCCUGCCGCUGACGGCGGUGGGGGUGGGGGGGCCGGGCACCCAGCCUCCUGCCCCACCCCCUGGCGUCGGCCCCUCGGGCCAUCUGGGGCCGCUGCCCCUGGCUGCGCCCUCCCCGCCGGCCAGGCCCUGGAGGGACCCGGGAGCUGCCGCCGGCAUCAGCCCAUGGCCCGGAGGUACGAUGAGCUGCCCCACUACCCCGGCAUCGUGGACAGCACUGCAGCCCUGGCUGGCUUCUCGGAGGCAGUGCCCUCGGCACCGAGAGCCCCCGGGCCCUACGGCCCCCACCGGCCUCCCCAGCCCCCGCCCCUGGGCUUGGAUAGUGAUGGCCUGAGGAGGGAGAAGGAUGAGAUCUACGGACACCCGCUCUUCCCGCUGCUGGCCCUGGUCUUUGAGAAAUGUGAAUUGGCCACGUGUUCUCCCCGUGAUGGGGCUGGGACUGGGCUGGGCACACCCCCAGGCAGUGAUGUAUGCUCCUCCGAUUCCUUCAAUGAGGACAUCGCAGCCUUUGCCAAGCAGGUCCGCUCCGAGAGGCCUCUCUUCUCCUCCAACCCGGAGCUGGACAAUCUGAUGAUACAAGCCAUUCAAGUGCUCCGUUUCCACCUGCUGGAGCUGGAGAAGGUCCACGACCUGUGCGACAACUUCUGUCACCGCUACAUCACCUGCCUCAAGGGAAAGAUGCCCAUCGACCUGGUCAUCGAGGAUCGGGACGGCGGCUGCAGGGAGGAUCUCAACGACUACCCGGCCUCCUGCCCGAGCCUCCCAGAUCAGAAUACUACAUGGAUUAGAGACCAAGAAGACAGCGGGUCUGUACAUUUGGGGACCCCGGGUCCAUCCAGCGGGGGCCUGGCCUCCCAGAGUGGUGACAACUCCAGUGACCAAGGAGAUGGACUAGACACAAAUGUGGCCUCUCCCAGUUCUGGGGGAGAGGACGAAGAGCUGGACCACGAGCGCCGGCAGAACAAGAAGAGAGGGAUCUUCCCCAAGGUGGCCACCAACAUCAUGAGAGCCUGGUUGUUCCAGCACCUCUCGCACCCGUACCCCUCAGAGGAGCAGAAGAAACAGCUGUCCCAGGACACGGGGCUCACCAUCCUACAAGUCAACAACUGGUUCAUUAACGCCCGGAGACGCAUCGUGCAACCAAUGAUCGAUCAAUCCAACCGCACAGGCCAGGGUGCAGCCUUCAGCCCAGAGGGCCAGCCCAUGGGGGCCUACACGGAGACUCAGCCACAAGUGACUGUCAGGCCCCCAGGAUCAAUGGGGAUGAGUUUGAACUUAGAAGGAGAGUGGCAUUAUUUAUAGAGGCUGGAGUCAGGAGAAAUACCCCAACCUCUGGACUGUGACUGCCAGGUUCAUACCUGCUUCUGGUCGACGCCUGGCCCUCUGGCUUCAGGACCCCACCUCCUAUGGCCCCCCCAACUCAAUGCCUACCUCCCUGGGGCCCUGCCGGGACAUGAGGGGCCUGAGCACCCACUCGAGGGUCUCUCAAGGACAAAGACAAGGCCUCCAGGCCCUGUGCCCCACUUCUGCCCUCACCUCUGCCUGGAACCUGAGCUGAGAUCCUGGGCCUGGGAGUUCAGAAGAUGGCAGCUGGGUACCCCCCCACACCCCUAGGACAGAGAAGGGAUUGGGGGUGGGCUGGGGCCAUCAGGGAAGGAGGGUCACCCAGAUCCGACAUUUAGAGAGGUUCCCUUCAUCCUCCCAGCCCACCCUCUUUCCCCCUCCCCCACUCCCCUCUUGUGUUGUCUUCUACCUUUUUUUUUUAAGCAUAAAGUCUUAAAAACAAAAGGCCACCAACCUGAGUUCAUGGGUCUCUUCCAUGAUUCAAAUUCUCAUCAGUUUGAAGCUCAUGAAUCACUAAUUAUAAUAAUAAUUGAUGCUUUUUAUCCUGCUCUCUCCUCAGGCCCUCUGUAUGUAUCGGUUAGCUAUUGCUGUGUAACAAACCAUACCAAAGCUUCAUGGUUCAAAAGGCCAAUUAAUUUUUAGCACGUUAAUCUACAGGUUGAUGUAGUAGGCUGAGCUGGGCAGUUCUUGUGCUUCAAAAGGGCUCUCUUGUGUAUCUGUGGCCAGCCACAGGUCAGCAAGGGGGCUCUGCUGGCAGGCAGUGGGGACAACAGGAGUGACUGGGCUACAUGGUAACAUACCCCAGCAGGCUGACCUUGUUUGUGGAAAAUGACCAGCUCAGUCCCCCUUCGGGGUGUCCGUCCUGGCUGUUCCCUUUGCCUGGGACACCUUCCUGGCUCAGAGGUCACCUCUGCAAAGACAGGAACAGCCAAACCAAAGCACCCCGCUCUGUCCACCACUCUCUCUCACCUCAUUCCCUGUCCCCCAUCACCCCCUCCCUGGAAUUCUUUCCAUCACUUAUUUGCCUAUUCAUUGUUGGCUGGAACCUCAGCACUUCCAGAAGGCAGGAGUUUGUCCCUCUCUGUCACUGUGGUGACCUGGGGCCUCAGACAGCAAGCACCCUAUACCCAGCAGGUGCCUGGGAAACAGGUGGAGAACGGAGGAAGAAAUUCCAUAGUUCUGAGACUCAGCCGCCUUCACCUCGUCAUUCAUUCCUCCUGGCCACGGGUAUGCCCUGGACACGCACCCUCUGCUCGUCCCUGCACUUGAGUGAACAAACCCAAGACCUUGCCCUGGGGGAGCGGACGUCCUAGUGGGGAAGACCCACGAUGGGCCAAAUAAAUGAGCACAUCAUUUAGUCUGUUAGAAGCUGACAGUGUCAUAAAAAGCAGAGCAGGGUAGGGAUGGGAGUACAGGUGCCUCUUUUACACAUUUAUUUACCCUUUCUCUAGUUCGUGUUGUGCCAGGCUCUGUUCCAGGAGGUUUAUACCUAUCGAUCUGGUAAACGCUUACCACUAAGCCCCAGGAGGAGGUAUGAUCACUGGCCACAUUUCCCAGAUCAGGAAACUGAGGUCCAGAGAAGUGAAAUCGUUCGCCCGGGGUCACAGAGCUGGAGAGUGGCUGUUCCCAUUAGAACCCAGGCAGGCUGUGAGCUAACCACUUGCCUCACAACCCCUCAUUUUUAAAAAUAGAAUUCUAAGAGUCUAUGAUUUCUAAAGGGCCUAUAUCACCGAUUGUUUUCUGAGUUACAAAUUGUUUUGGUGACUAUGAUUACAGUUUGUCUCUCCCCAAACUCCCGGGGACUGAAGUGGGAUGGACGAGGGAUAUACAGCAAGAAGGACUUCUGACACCUCUUCUCCCCACUUUUAA